AUGAAGCUCAAGGCUCUCUUUCUAUCGCUACUUGUGACUGGAGCCCUUGCCCAGACCUCAAGUGAAGAUGACCACGAGGACCUCUGUGCGGAAGAGGAUCAGCAGGAAGACGGAACCCUUCCUGGCCUCAAGGUUCAAUAUUUCUGUGGCUUACUUGGUUCGGGUGAUAACGAGGCCAAAGAACGGAGGUGGUAUCUAUACAUGAAGAAAUUGACUCCUCCGCCGCCUCCAACUACUGAGAAUCCUUCGGAAGAAGGAAGUAACACAGGGGCUGGUGGUUUGUGCGAUCUAUGCAACCAGUUGGAGCAAAGCAACGCUCAGCUCGAGGAGUGCAAGCGCACGAAAGCAGACUGUGAGAAGAAGCUGGAGCAAUGUCUAAAGGACAAGGAGGGACUACAGUCGAGUCAAGGGACGGGUGGAUCUGGCCUCCCAGAAUGUGAAUUUCUCUUCCUUGGCACUCUAGGCCCACAGAGUCACAACACCCACUUUACCUCACCCAAUGGCAAGAAGUUCAAGAUUAAUUGCGAACAAGUGGGCAAUUUUGCGUCCCUCAAGAAAUUCGACUCGAAGGGAUUUGCACGAUGUGUUGACGAAUGCGCCUACUACCACAACUGGAAGGCUGUGAAUUACAUUCAUACAGGGACUGGGAAAGGAACGUGCAACCUGUUCCAGUUAAGCGCAACUAAUUCUGGCACUUGGCGCCCUUCUGCAGAGCAAGCCUCGGCGAUCUUGAUCGAGGCACUACGAUAG